UCCUGUACUUAAAUAGAAAUACCAGUGUAGAAAAACUCUGCUGCCAUUCUGCAUGAUAAGUAUAAGCACUUAUCACUCUAAUUUAUUUAUGUUUUUGAUCAGAUUUGUAUUGAUGUAUUAUUGUGUUUUCAUGCAGCUGGUAAAAGGUGGAGACAAUGUAAUUACUUUAUAGAUAAAUUGUAGAGUGGGAAUUUACUCAAGCCAUAUAACUAAAGUCUUAUUUAUAUGUUGAUUUUUAAAUUCGGUACCUGCACUAAGCUUUGGUGACGUACUUCCGACUCAACUCAUAGAGCCAACGACCCUUGAUGGUCGGAGAAGGCUUGUUGAAGGUGCUGUAGCUAUUCUUUUUUUUAUUAAAAAAAAAAAAUUUGGGGGGGCUUUUUGCCUUUAAUCGGAAAGGAAAGUGGAGAGUGAUUGGAAGGUGGGAGUGAGAGUCGGGGUGGGAUCCGGAAAGGACGACGUGUCGGGAAUCGAACCCGGGUCGCCAGCAUACGGUGCAGGUGCCCGAGCCAGUUGCGCCACGGCCCGGACCGUACUGAAGCUUUUUGAAUGGAAUGGAUAUACCGUUGAAAUACCACGGCGUAGUGUGGCACAGACCAGAGCGGCCCGUUCAGUACCGGUUCACCCAAUACGCCCAAUUAGUGCGUAGAGGUCCAUUCAAGCCAGGAGUAGGGCUGAACGAUUAAUUGCAUUUGCGAUAAUAUCGCGAUAUGACAAAACAAGAUUUUCCAACCGCAAAGGCUGCGAUUUGACUGGUCACGUGAUCUGGUCACGUGACUUGCGAGCCGAGCGGAGCCGAGCAGGCAGGGAAAGAAGUCAACGCUGCGCUUGAACCUGCCCUAGCCAGGAGUGGAUUUUUCUUACCCCAAAGACAAGUCCAGAAGAGGGUUCCAUCCAGGAUUAUUACAGAGACGGCUGUCAAAUGGUGAAAAGAUUACCAGGAGCUGGCUUUCAUACUCAGUGAAAAACAACGCUGUGUAUUGUUUUUGCUCAACUCUUUUCCACAAAAAAACACAAAAUAAUAGGAGAAGGUGUUAAUGACUGGUCAAAAAUCAACGCCAUUCUGAAACAGCAUGAGGGUAGUCCUGAACACACAAGCAAUAUGAUUAAGUGGAGAGAACUUGAUCUGCGCUUAAGUCGUGGAAAAACACUUGACCACAUAGAAAUGACAGCUUUGGAGGCUGAAAGAAAGAGAUGGCGAGAUGUCCUUACAUGCCUCAUAAGUAACACAGUCUCUAGCUGAAAGAAACCUAGCAUUCAGAGGUUCAUCAGAUAAGCUCUUCCAACCAGAUAAUGGAAACUUUCUAAAAGAGGUUGAAUUAUUAGCUAAAUUUGACCCUGUUUUGGAAAAUCAUGUCAGCAGAAUUAAAGAAGUUGAGACACAUGCUCAUGACCUUAGUAAGGACAUACAGAAUGAGCUGAUACAGCUUGUGAGUGACAGGAUUCUCACAACUAUUGUGACUCAAGUGAGAGACUCAAAAUACUUCUCCAUUAUCUUACACUGUACACCUGACAUUAGUCACCAGGAGCAGAUGUCCAUUAUCCAAUAUCAUAUAUCACAUUAUUGAUGAUUUUGCAUCCAGAAAGUGCAGAAAGGGACACUUUUAAUGGUGAGUAAUUUGUUACACAUUUAGUUCGAUUUGAUUUGGUCUGUAUUUAUUUUGUGUUAGACGAACAGGUGGCGACACUAGUGCAAUAUGUUUAAUGGGGGGAUGAGUGGAAGCACUGGGUGUCAGGUGCGACUGUUCAGUUAAGAGGGCCCCUUAUCAGAAUUUUGCCUAGGGCCCCAUGGAGGUCUGAACCGGCUCUGGGCCCAUUGAACUAGUCCCUGCUGAGGAGCAAGAACAGCACAUCGAUGGCACUAUAAGGAUCAUUACUACUGCUCAGUCCCUGAACCGUCUGCGCUGGACAUGUCUGCAUCAGCUGCAGGAGACCUGUCCAAAGAAGUAGAGGAUCUGAGAAAGGAAAUACAGGAGUUGCGUGUCCAGCGAGAGUUUGGCUCAUACAGCGGUGUGCUGACUCCGAUUCUAUACCAGUGGGGAUGGAGGUGGACGAGAUGGAGAAUAAAAUGCAGGAGUCUAACGGGAGCAAAAAGAAAAAGAUGGAAUCUGCUGAAGUAAGAUAUGAUAACGAAAAUAUGCUUUCUUCUCCAUGUGACUCUGUUCCCUCCACAAGUGAAAGUCCACACAAGGAGACACAAUUGAAGUACAGUUCUGACUCUCUCAGUUUAAUAAAAAACGCUGUGGUGGUCUUGACCCGACUCCCUGACUAUAAGAUCAGCGCUCUGCGACCACCAACGCCGCAGCAGUUCUACAGUGAAGACGACUCCUUCAGCAGCUCUGACUCGGAUAUGCAGUGGGAAAAAGACGAUGAUUCUAGUGAUUCUGAUUUCUCACUCUCAAACCACAAACGGAAAAAUCGAAAACAGAACACCAGCAGAAACAGCAACAACAAUGAACAAGCCCCUAUAAUAGUAUCAUCAGCUUUUGCACAUUGCUCCACUGAAACCACCAAGGUCCGUCCUAACUUGCCAGAACAAGAGAUUGCAGUGGGCAUGAUGGUCCUUGCCAAGAGGAAGACGAUGAAAUGGCAACGGGGGAAAAUAGUGGACAUCGUAACAAAGGAAGAUGGGCGGGUGAAGUACAAAGUUUGUUUUGAAGAAAAGGGGAGAAGCCUGGUGUCUGGCCACCACAUUGCUUUUGACACCACACCGGAGCUGGAGCAGCUGUAUGUCGGUGCCCGUGUGGUGGUCCAGUUUCAAGAUAACAAGUUCCGGCCCGGAGUUUUGUCAGAGCUCCCCAGCAGAAAGAACCGCCUGAGGUUCUUGGUUUUCAUGGAUAAUCACAUGCCGCUCUAUAUGGGUUUACCUUCUUUUCACCUGGUGUGCAGACCACUGGAAGAUGUUUUAGACGACAUUCCAGACCGCACUCACAAGGCUUUCAUGGCGCGGUACCUGAGCGAUUGGCCGUACCCACAUUUAACGCAGUACAAGGCUGGACAGAUGCUCCAUGUGAAGUUAAUCCAAGAGUAUCAGAGGUGUGAGGUGCAGGCGGUCGACUGCAGCGUGAUGCAGGUCCAAUUUCAGGAUACUCAAGAAAAGGAGUGGAUCCAUCGAGGCUCCGUCCGACUACAACACAUGGCUAGAUUUUUGGAUAUAGAUACAGCAGAAGUGCAAAAUGAUGAUUCUGAUUAAUUUGCUGCUAUAAGAUGCUACUUGAACCCAGCAACAAUUUCUUUGUUCUCUGGAUUUAAGACUUAAUUUGAUUACUUUAUUGGAUUUGGAUAUUAUGGUUACAACUAAAUGUGCACUAUUAAUACAGAAAUGUUGCAGCUUUUGCAGCGUAUUUAAACAGAUGUAGGUUUAAUUUAGCCCUUGAGAAGAAUCUGAAUGUACUAUUUGUUAAUACAUUUUGCAUAGUUUUGCAAUUUAAAUGAUUCACUUCAUGUUGAGUUUUUGUUAAUUAAAUAUUUGAAGCAAUAUUUGUUGUAACAUAUUGCAAAGGUGAUAUGUAGUUGGGUCUUGAUAAAUUCCGGCGAAACAGGGAACAUCAUUUUUUGCUUAAUCCUUCAGUUAUAUGAUUGCAUUUUUUUAUUUAGCGACUGCAAAAACAAGAACCCCUAACUUAACAUCUUCAAAAUGAAAUGUAACUGAUUAAUGUCUACAUUUAAAGAUAAUUAAGCAUAAACUCUUUUUAUCUUGUAGUUUUAUAAUGAUAGGUGACGAUUCACUCAGAACAGAUGAGUUCGAGGCUGUGAUGAAACACUUUCUGAUGUACAUAUGGAUUAUGUUACAUCAUUGUGGCGCCUAAACAGCCAACUGUUGUGACUUUGUUGAGCUGCUUGGAUUUCUAGUCAGGAAAAGAUCUGUAAACAAAUUGUCCAUAGAGGACUCUAGAACAGUCAGUGACUCUUUAUUCAUGGAAUGUAUCGCAUUAAUUUUCUCAACAUUUUACAAGUUGCAUUUAUUUUGGUGCUUUGCUUUUCUUUGUUUUAUUUAAAAAUGUAAAGAAGUAAAUAUGUACAUUACAUACUGGCUUGUAGUACAGUUUUUUAAUAAAAAAUAAUCUUCAACUUUG